AUGCAAAUAAAAACAAAGUUUAAUAAUUUAUUAACAAAAAAUUCAGAUAAAUUUUAUAACUGUAUAAAUGUAGAUAAUGAGUUAAUGCAAAAUGUACAUAAUAUAUAUAAGAAAAAAUAUGAAAAAGAUAUAAAAACUUUUAAUUUGUUGCAUUUAAAUGAAUUAUGUGAUAUAAAUUCGUCUAAUUUAAAUAAAAUGUGUAAUGAAAAUGAUAUUUGUGUUUCAUUAAAAUUAAAAUUAAAAAUAAAAAAUAAUAAUGAAGAAGAUAAUCAAAGUUAUUCCAUUUAUUUUGAUAUUAACCCAGAAGGAAUAAUGUCUAAAAAUCAAAAAAAAAUUUAUUAUCAAUAUAAAAAUACUACUGAAAAAAAUGAUGAAUAUUUUGAAAAAGUUCCAAAAGAGGAGAAAAUGAAAUAUUUUUCAUCAUUAUCUUAUAAAUUAGCUGGGAAAAUAAUUCAAUAUAAGCAAUCAAAAUAUAAGUUAGUAAAUCUUCUUCAAUCUGCUAUUUAUGGGAGUGUAUAUUUAUCAGAAGUUAUUGAGGAUUCUGAUAAAAGUUUAGUUAAUUGUCAAAAAGCUAUUAAAAUAUUAUCAAAGCAUCUUAUUGAAAUGACGAAAGAUAAAGUUCAAGAAGAUCCUUUAUCUGAGUAUUAUUAUAGGGAUACUAUGAGUGGUCAUAGUAAUAUAUUAAGUUGUGAUAAUAUUUUUGAUGAUAAUAGUUAUAUAUAUAUGGUUAUGCCAUUUGCUUUACAUGGAGAUUUAUUUGAAGUUAUGAAAAACAGAAAUCGAGCUUUUUCAGAAGAAGAAGGAAGGUACCUAUUUUAUCAAAUAUUAUUAGCAAUUAAAUUUCUUCAUUCUAAAAGAAUGGCUUUAAGGGAUAUAUCUUUGGAAAACGUACUUUUAUUUGAAAAUGAAAAAAAUGGAUUAAUAUAUCCAGUUUUAAAUGACCCUGGUCAGGCAAUAUACUUUAAUGUUAAUAAUAGAAAUGAAGUUAUAUUAGAAGAAUAUAAAAAAAUUUUUGGUAAAAUUUUUAGGCCACCUGAAAUAUAUGAAAAGUGUAAAUAUGAUCCAACGAAAGUUGAUAUUUUUUGUGCUGGUUAUAUCUUAUAUUUUUGUUUAACUAAACAUGAAUUAUUCAGAUGUACUUUAAAUAAAGACGUAUACUGGAAUUUGUUAAAGAACAAAAAAUAUGAAGAAUUAUUAAAAGAUAAAAAAGGAUUACAUCUAUCUGAAGAAGCUCUUGAUCUAAUUUUUCAUUGUUUAGAACCUAAUUUUAAAAAAAGGUAUACUAUUACUGAAGCAUUAAAUCAUCCCUGGUUUAAAGGAAAUUUUUUCCCUAUAUAUAAUUUUAAUUUGUAUUUAAAUAAUGAGACAUCUUCUAAAUACAACAAUGAUGGUUCAUUCAAACUAUCUUUAGAAAUUCAAGAAUAUGCAAAAAAAAAUAAUAUGAAAAUCGACAAAAAUUCAACUAUUCAAUUUUAUGUGUAUGAACAUGUUUUUAUAUCACCUAGUAAAAAUUUAGAAAAACAAAAUAAAUGCAUUAAUACUUUAAAAUAUUCUUAUAGUAAUAAUAAAAGGGAAUAUAAUGAAGACAUUAAAGCUGGAAGUAUAUUAACAUAUAAUGAUAAUAAUAAUAACAAAAAUAAAACUAUUGUAAUAAAUAUUAAUAAUAAUAAUAAAAGAAAUUCUGUAAUGACAACUAGGAACAGUACAGAUAUUUCCUAUAUUAAUAAUCAUGUAAAUAAUGAUUUCACUAUAAAGAAUAGUAACGACGAUGCCGAUAAUUAUGUUGUUGAUAUUGAUAACAAAGAAGUUUAUUAUAAAAAAUUAUUUGGAAACAGCAGUGAUCUUAAUCAAACAUCAAAAAUUAAAAUUUUAAACAAUCAUAAAAAAAACAUAUACAGAUUAAUUGAAUUAAAAAAAAAAAAAAAAUUGUUUUCUACUUCAAUAGGUAUCAAUUAUUUAGACAAAAAGUGUAGUAGCAAUAAAAUGAGUAUAAAAGCUUCGCAUAAAGUAGAAGAAAAUAUUUUAAUAAAUAAAAAAGGAAAUAUAUUUAAUACAAAAAAAAAUGAUGAAAAUGUCACUCCAAAUUUACUCUUAGAAAAUCAAUUAAAAAGAAAAAAUCAAUUAAGUAAAAAUAUAAAAAAUGAAAAAAACAUUAUUUCAUUAAUAAAACACCACUUUAAAGAAAAUAUGAACAAAAGAAAUAGUUAUAACAACACCAAACAAAGUAUCGAUAAAUAUAAUAGUAAUAAAUAUACAACACUAAAUGAAAUUAAAGAAAGAAAAAAAAAUCUUUUAAAAGAUACUACUCAGGACAAAUUUUUAAAUGAAAGAAAUGUAAUAAAAAAAAAUAAAGAACUGUUUGAAGAAAAUCAAAAAUAUAAUAUAUUGUAUAAAAAGAAAAAUACAGAAAAAUAUAAAAAUAAUAAUAAAACUUUAUAUGGAGGAAAGUUAGAAAAGAGUGAAACAACAAAUAAUGCACAUGUUCAAAAUAUCAAGAAUGCUAAAAAUAAUAACAAAAGUAAUAUUUUAUCAAAUAUAGAAAAUGAAGUCAUAAAGUAUGACUCAUUUGAAUCACAUAAAAAAAAAUUUACACAAAUAAAUGGAACCAAUAAAAAUAUAGCUAAAGAAAAUAAAUUAUUGGAAAUAAUAAAUAAUAAUAUUUUAAAUAAACAAAAAAAAAACAAAGAUACAAACAAUGGUUAUGUCUUCUUAACUCAAGAAAAAUAUAUUGAAAAUAUAUUAAAUAAUAAAAUUAUAUCAAAUGUUAACAAUGAAAAUUCAAAAGAGGAAAUAAAUAGCAAUGCUUAUGAUAUCAGCAAUGUAAAGGAUAUAAAAACGAUUAAUUAUAAAAAUACAAAUUGUGUAGAAAAAAAAAUUAUUAAAAAUAACAAUUUGAAAACCCUUCUUAAACAAAAUAAUGGAGAAAUACAUAGUAAUGUAAUAUAUAAAGGGAAAAAAAAUGAGUUAAAUGAAAAGAAAAAACUAAAAAAUAACAAUCUUAAAUUAUUUCAUAACAUAAAUCAUAUAGAUAAUACAAUUCUUCUUAAUGAAUCAUUUGAAAAAUCCAAAAACAAAAAAGAGAAAAGUAUUCAUUCAAAAAAGAAUGAUUUAAAUAUGUACUGUUCAUCUUAUCCAGAUACACACAAUAAAAUUAAAAACUCUCUGUUAAUAAAUAGCAAAAUAAAUUCAUGUAAAAAAUUAGAUAAUUCAAAAGAUAAAGAACAGGAAAAAAUGGAUGAAAAAUUAUCUUUUAAAGAACUAAAGGUUAAAAAUAAAUUUACUGAUUUAAGGAAAACAUACAAUCAUAGCAAUGAAAGAAAUUCUUUUAUAAUAACUAAAAACGAUGCAAAUCUCUUAAAAGAAAGAAAAAUGAAUCCAUCUUGUGCAAAUAAAAAUAGUCUCUUUGAAAAUAUAUUAGAAAAAAAAAUUGUAGAGACACCUAAAAAUAUUACAAUAACUGAAUCAAAAGAAAAUUUUCAAGUAGAAUUAGAAAAAAAAUUAGAAGAAAAAUCAGAUAAAACUCCUCAAAGUGAACUAGAAAAUUCUCAAGAUAAAUUAGAAAGUGAAAUAAAGAAUGAAGAAAUUAAAUCAAAAGAUAUAUUGCAAUAUGAGUUAGAAAAUGAAUUAGAAAAUGUGAUAAAAAAUGAAGAGAAUAACUUAGAAGAUGAAUCGGAAAAUGAUUUUAACAUGGAAUCAAGUGAUUUAAUAAAUGAAUUAAAUGAUGAAUUGAUUGAUGAAAUUGGAAAUAGCUCUAAUGAACAGGGAACUGAACUAAAAGAAAUACUAGAAAGUAAAUUAAAAUUAAAAGAUGAAUAUGGAAAAGAAUUAGAAAAUGAAUUAAAAAUAAAACAAAAAGAUAAUUUACAAAAUGAUUUAGGAAACAUAACGAAAAUUGAAUUAAGCGUUUCAUUUGAAAAUUCUCUUUAUGAUCAAUGUGAUAAAAUGUUAAUACAUAAAGGAAAACAGUAUAUGGAUAAAGAAAAGUUAAAUAUAAUAACUGAUAAUGAUUUAAUUCAAAAUAAACAAAGAUAUAAAUCAUAUAUCAUGAAUAAUAAAAAUAAAAGAAAUUUAUCAUGUAAAUUACCAUUAAAAACGAAAUCAAGUAAUAAAACAAAAAGAGGAAACUAUUCUUAUAAUUCAGGUAAAAUAAGUAAAAUUUUAACAUCGAAAAAAUUCUUUCAUAAUAAUAGCAAAAAAUGUAUUUAUAAUAAUAAAUUAAAGGAUCAUAAUUAUGAAAGCAGUUCUACUAGUACUGUUCCAAAAGAAAACUCUUCUUUUAUUAAUUUAAAGGAAUUAGAAUCGAAAAAUUAUAAUAAAAGAAAUGCAAAUAUUGUUAAUAAAAUUUCAAUUAAUAUUGAUGAAUGCAAAAAUAAGAAAAGCUACCCAAAGAUUAAAUUUAAAAUAAAUGAUAGUAAUAAAAAAAACAUUUUAGGGAGGCAUACAAUAUCAGAAUAUGCAUUAAUAUAUUCAAAUAAAAAAAAAAAUAAUGUUACUAAUAUAUUGGAAUCAAAUAACAAAUUAGAUAAAAUUAUGGAUGAUAAUAAAAAAAAAGAUAAAGUUAGAAAUAAUAAAAAAGAAGAUAAAGUGCCUUUAAUACAUAACUUUAGAAACACUGUUGAUAUUUCGCAUUACUCAAAAAAAAGAGAUACUAAUAAAAUAAAGGAUUCCAGAACAUCUGAAAAUCCCAGUUUUCAUUUAAUCAAAGAAAGUUAUAAUAAAAAAGACAUUUUGAAAGAAAAUACAUUAAAUGAUAAUAUAAAAAAUAGAAGUAUUUUAAAUAUAUCAUAUAAAAGUAACAUGAAAAAUAUAAAUUCAAAAAUUAAAAAAAAGAAAAAUUUAAUUAACAAAAACCUUGAAGAGAAAACAUCAAAUUUAAAAAAAAACACAAAUUUAGAAACUAAUAAAAAUAUUUCAAAUAAAAAGAAUAUUGAAGAAAUAAGUAAAAAAAACUUUAAAAUUGAUAUAAAUUCUAAACUCUUGAAGAAAAGAAAAAGAUAUAAUGAAUUCCAUAAAAAUAAAAUUUCUAAUGAAUUUGCAGAUUUGACUAUCGAAGAAAUUAAAAAGUCAAAGUUUGAUAAGUUAAAAAGGUUAAAAAAUAGAUGUUCAUUGAAUGAGCUUAAAAAAUUAACAAGAGAAAAUUUAAAUAAAAAUAAUGAAAUUGAAAAAUGUAGAAAUAAAAUGAUGAUUAAUUUAAAUGAAAAGAAAAGAAAUUUAAACGAUAAUAUUAAUAAGAUGAAUAUUGCCAAAAAUGUUAAUGUGAAUAAUGAUAUAAGCAAUUGUAAUUGCAAUAUAAAAAGGGAUAAUCAGAAUAAUAAUGAAGCAUUACAAGAUAAAAGAACUAUUAAUUUUAAAAGUAGUAAUGAUAAUAUAAAUGAAAUGAAAAAUAUAAAAGGAAAUAAUUUAAAGAAUUCUGAUAAAUGGGAUUUAUCUUUAUAUAAAAAAAAGUAUAUACAUUCAAAUAAUAUAAAUCACAAAACUACCAAUACUUCAUCGAAAUCUUUAAAAAGUAGACAAACAAUAGUUUAUCCUUUUAUUUCACCUAACGAAACUAUAAAAAAGGAUUCUUUGUUAUUAAAGAGAAAUUCUAAUAUUCUAAGUGCAUCAUGUCAAAAAAUUACAAAUAUAAAAAAAAUAAUAAAUGUGGAAAAAAAAAAAGAUAAUGAAAAAAACCUGAGUAAUAAAUAUAUUUUAGAUAGUUUUCUGAAUAAAAUGAAUGAAAAUUUUGAAAAAAAGAAUGAAGAAAAUAAAAUAAAUACUACAAACAGUAAUAUUAAUAUAGAAAAUAAAAAAGAAAAUAAUAAAAAUGUAAAAAUAGAAAAAGUAACGGAAAUGCCUUAUAUGAAAAAAACUAAUACUUCUAAUAAUAUUAAUAAUUUAUCUAAUAAUAAAGAAAAAAAUAAUGGAAUUACUCAAGUGUUAAAUGAAAUAUACAAAAAAAAGAAUGAAAACAACGAGUUAAAAAGUUAUUUAUCUAAAAAUGAUAUUAAAAAUAAAGAAGAUAAAAUGAAAACAUAUAAUUCUUUGAGAGAAACAACUAACUUGCCUCAAACUAAAUUGGAAGAUGGAAGCAAUCAUAAUAAUUUAGAAUUAUUUGAUACUAAUUUUAGCUAUUUAAAACAAAGAAAAACAUAUGAAAAUUAUAAAAAUGAUAUAAAAAAUAAAAUAAAUAAUAUAGAAAACGGUUUAACUUCAUAUUAUAAUGAAAUAAAGGAACAAUAUUUUAAUGAAAAAGAAAAAAAAAAUAAUAAUUUUAAUAAAAAAGAACAAGAAAAUGUUUCCCCUAAUUUUGAAGAAAAAAAUUUUUUUUUGAAAAAUAUUAUUGAAAUAGAUAAAGGUACUAUUGAUGGAAAAAACAAUUUAAAAAAAACACAUAAUAUUUUAAAUGAAAUCCCCAAUAAACAAGAAAACUUAUUACAUAAUUUAAUUAAUUCUAAUAAUGAUCAUAGUGGUAAUCAUAUUGAAAGAAUUGAAAAUAAUGAGCAAGCUGAUAAUAAUAAUAAUAACACUUGUUACAAAAAUAGUGAAAAUAAUAUUGAAAUUAACAAUAAAAAGGAUGAAGUAAGUAGUAGAAAAAAUGAAGUUUGUAAGAAAAAAAAUGAUGAAAUAAAUAAUACCAAAAGUGAUAGAUUAGAUAAUGAUAAAAAUAAUAAUACCAUUUCUCAUGAUAAUUAUAGCUUUUACACAAACAAAAAAAGUAUAUUAGGAAAUUAUAAAGUUUAUAAUAAUAGUGAUGACUAUUUAAAAAUUAGAAAUAAAGAUGAAGUUAGAAAAUUACAAUCCAUACCAAACACUCAAAUAAACAGCUCUUUUGAUAAACAUAUUUCUGUUAUAGACAAUAAUAAAAUAAUUAAAGGAAGAAAUACUUUUAAUGUUUUUACAACAGAAUUCAAUAAAAAUAAAUUACAAACUUAUCUUAAUAAUAAAGAAAAUAACUUAAAUUGUGUUAAUAUGAAUUGUUCAAAUAAAUCUCCAUACAGAAAUAACUUAAAAGAAAUAAAAAAAUUUAAUUAUAACUUAAAAACAAAUUCACAUUUGAAUAAUUUAAAAGAAUCAAAUGGAAAUAAAGCAAUUAAUUUGAGAACUUAUUUAAAUUGCAAAAAAAUGACAAAUAAUCAAAUACUUUUAAAUAAUACACCAAAAAAUUCUACAAGAAAUAAUAAUGAAUGCGAAAAUUUCUUAAUGAAACCUAAUUUAUAUGUACCAACUAAUAGAGUUAGUUUCAACAAAUUAGGAAAUGCAAUUAACAAGAUUUCUGACGCAGUAAAAUCACAAUACAAAAUUAAGGCAAUAGAAAAUUCUGAAAACAUUACUUCAUUAAAUAUUAGUAACUUAAAAAAUUACAAUACAAAUGACUUGUGCGAAAAGAAAGAUGCUAAAAAAGACAGUAAUAAUAAAUCUUCAAUAAAUAUAGUAGAAACAAAAUAUGAUUAUAAUAAUAACAGUAGUGUUAACAAUAAUAUUUUUAAUAGAAAGAAUGAUUCAUAUUUUAAAAAACGAACUAAAUUAAAUAUUGAUAAUAUUAUUUUUGAUAAAAAUAGAAAAACUUCUUCAUCAGUUGCAAUAGAUAAAUCGCAUCUUAAUUUAACUAGUAAAAAUGUAUCACCUGUUAAAAGUAUAAAUGAUAAACAAUUCUACCAUUUCAAAAAUAAAUUACAAAAUAAUGUUACCUCAAAUGAAGAAUUUCAAAUAUAUGACAAGACGAAAAAUUUAUCCUCAAAAAAUAAAAUUAGCAUUGAGAAAGAUUCUAGAAAUAUUCAUAUGAAUGAUAUUUACCUGAAAUCUAAUACUAAUGAAACAAAAAUAAAAUCCUUAUUAUAUAAAAAUGUAAUAGAAGAAGAUCAAUCAUAUUCACAAAGUACUUUAAAUAAAGUUUAUAGUCACUUGAAUCCUAAAGAAACGAGAAGUAAUAUUGAAUAUGAAUGUCAGAAACAAAAAAUUACUCAGAAUGUUUUUAGUACUAAAGAAAAUAAAAAAUAUAAGAAUCACAUAAAUAAUACAAUGUAUUUAGACCCUAUGAAAUUAUCCUUAAAUUUGAAUAAAAUUUCUUAUAUGAAUAAUAAAGUUAAAUCUAGUAAAAAUUGUUUUUUUGUUGGAUUACAAGAAAAUAAAAAUACAAAAGAGAACCAAAAUAAAAAAGUUCAAAUUAAAAAUAAAUAUAAUGAAAUGAUUAAUUUAAAAAAGAAUGAAAAUAUAACAAAAAAUAUUAAUACUUGCCAUAAUGAUUUGUUAUACAAAAAUAGUCUAUUUUAUGUAAAUAAAAAAAAUGAAGAAUUAAUUUCAAAAGAUUUAAGAUUAGUUAAUACUCUGGAAAAAAAAAAACUAACCAACGAAAAUUAUGAUAUGCAUUACUCAAUACAUAAGAAUGAAAUUGAUAAAAUAGAAAUAAAUAAAAAUAAUAAUAAAAACAAUGAAAAUGAUGUAGUAACUAAAUCAAAUAUAUUGCAAAAUAUAAAUGAUAUAAAUAAUAAUAGUACAAUUAACAAUAUUAAGCAAUCAUUUUAUUUAAAUAAAAUGUUGAAUAUUAAAGAAUAUAUACACAACAAUGCUCUAUAUCAUUUAUCUAAUAAAAAGAAAAUUGAGAAUCAAAAAGAAAAUUGUAAAAAAAUUACAAAGAAAAAAAAUAAUUUAGCAAAUUUAUUAAAUACUCAUAUAUUCCAAAUUCUCUAG